UAAACAUUCAAUAUAAUACAGAAAGUAAAAGGUUGGAUCUAAAUACACCUCCAUCACUCAUAAUUCAUCACCAUUGGAGAAACAACCUAUUACUUUCAUGCUAUCAUGGAAGGAGGAGGAAGUGAUGAUCACCACCACCACCACCGUCCUACUUUCCCAUUCCAAUUACUCGAGAAGAAAGAAGAAGAUAACCAGCCUUGUUCCACCUCUUCCACCACCCUUCCUUUCCCUUCCCUACCAAUUCCCUCCUCCUCAGCUGAUCAACUCACCACCGCAACUCGUUCCGCUUCGAGCCACCAGAUCUCGGCGGAGCCUUCCAAAAUCCCACCACCUAAGCGUACUUCAACCAAAGACCGUCACACCAAGGUAGAUGGACGUGGUCGUAGGAUCCGCAUGCCGGCUCUUUGUGCAGCUAGGGUUUUUCAACUCACUCGUGAGCUGGGCCACAAAUCCGAUGGCGAAACGAUCGAGUGGCUGCUCCAACAAGCCGAACCAGCCGUGAUUGCCGCCACGGGAACCGGCACCAUCCCAGCGAACUUCACUUCCCUCAACAUCUCGCUCCGUAGCUCUGGUUCGAGUAUGUCGAUCCCUUCUCAGCUUCGGUCCUCGGGUUUCAACUCUAACUUCUCGAUGCAACAACGUCGAAGCUUGUUUCCCGGAAUCGGACUCGAAACGACACCGUCCACGACGUUCCUUAACUUCCAAUCGAGUAGUAAUUUGAAUCCAAUGUUCCAAGCUAAGCAAGAGUCUUCCAUGGAAAUAUCCGAAGCCGAAGAAGGCAGUAUAGGAAGGAAAAGAAGACCCGAACACGAUUUAUCUUCGCAACAUCAAAUGGGGAGUUACUUGUUGCAGUCGAGCACCGGGGCGAUCCCGGCGACCCACACACAGGUUCCGGCUAACUUUUGGAUGUUAACUAAUCCCAGUAAUCAAGUCAUGAGUGGUGGCGGUGAUCCCAUAUGGACAUUUCCUUCGGUUAACAACAGUGGUUUGUAUAGGGGAACUAUGUCCAGUGGGUUACAUGUCAUGAAUUUUCCAACUCCGAUGGCCUUGUUGCCGGGCCAACAAUUGGGUUCGGGCAGCGGUGGAAGUAGUGGCAUAAGUGAAGGGCAUUUAAAUAUGUUAGCCGGAUUGAAUCCUUAUAGGCAAGUCUCCGGCGGCAACGGCAUAUCGGAAUCUCAAUUGAGCGGGUCACAUUCACAGCACGGUGGAGACGGCGGCGGCGGUGAUGAAUAACAACGUGCUACACCACCAUUCAUCAUCCUUGCUUCAUUCGAAUUUCGAUCAGUUGUGUUAGUUUGAUGUGUAACGCACGUGAGGUUUGAUUGCUUUUCUUUAAAAAAAAAAAACAAGAAUCGAGUUUUUACUAUACUGAUAAAAAAACAAGAAAUUAAUUAAUUUUUGUGUGAGAUCAAUAUGAGAUUAGGGUUUGAGAAAAAGAACAAGAGACAGACAAUAUUAACAUUGUUCUUGGCUUGUUUUGCUAAAUAUUUCUCACGUUCAUUUU